AUGACUUUAGUCGCUGGCACCAGGGUGUCAAAUGAACGCCUCAUCUUCGUUAAGAACGUCCCAAGCUACGUCGCUGAUGACCAGGUUGAAGAGCUGUUCUCACCUUAUCGCCCGGUAAGUUACAAGAACAUCUACAAAGGGAGCAGUAUCACAACAAUCGUCGUUGGCUUCCGGACCACGAGCGACGCAGCGCGUGCCCAGCGUGAGACAGAUGGGAAGUGUCUAGGCAGCGCCAUCAUCAGGGUGGAAAUGUAUGAACAGCGGCGUUCGAUCCGCUAUAUCAGAGAUCACGGGUACAACAGUACACCAUGGGAUGUUGAGGAGGACGAGGGCGAGGAGGAAUACGAAGAGGAGCCUUACGAGGAAGUUCCGCCAAAGGAAGCCACUGCGGGUUUCUCACCUUACUACCCAGCUCCAGUCAAACUGUCUAGUACAGCUGCACAGGGUACCACAUGGGCGCACAUUGCGAGCCGCCAACAUACCCAAGGAGUGACUAAUGCACCCGCCAUCACCAAAGCAGACUCGGCGCCGAGUCCCGCUUCAACGCCCAUCGCGACGCCGCAGAUCCCUACCGUUAUUCCCGUCAAACCGAUUGAGGCAGAAGCUCAAGUCACACAACCAUCAUCACCGGUAGCAGCGGUCUCGCCCAGCAACAAUACCACUAUCGCAAUAUCUGAACCAGCUGCUCAUGAUGAGCCGUCCAGCGACGGGGCCCAUGAACCAGAAUCGGAACAUCAGGUUAUGAGGUGGAGCGAGAUUCUCAGAUGGGCGGAGCACAGCAGUGGCGAUGGCAUUCAAGAGAUGCAGUCUAGGCCGUAUGUGCCAAUUGAUACAAUGGUACGUAUUCGACAAGUCCAUUGUCGUGAUUGUGCUUUUUGCAAGUCGAUGGAGAGAGUGCGCAAUGGGCGCGAGUAG